AUUUUAUAGUUACAUGAAAAAUUAAACAACAAAUUAACAUAACCUACAAUAUUUCUUCCUGGAAUAUAUGUACCAGGCACAAAACGGACAGCUAUGAAUUCGCAACUUUGAGUAGAAGCAGGUUACGUGUUGUCUCACGGAUGUAUUUGCUGUAGAAGUUAAAUGAAUAAUCAUGUCUGGGUCUCAAGGAGUCACUGCUUUGUGUGAAAAUCCCACAGAAGUGUUUUUGGAUGUUUCUAAAUUGCUCAUUACAUACGCGGACAAUAUUCUUAGAAACCCAAAUGAGGAUAAAUACAGAUCAAUACGAAUCGGAAAUCCAACAUUUUCCACCAAGCUCCUACCUGUCAAAGGAGCCGUUGAAUGUCUCUUCGAGAUGGGCUUUGAGGAGGCUGAAACCCACCUGGUGUUUCCAAAGUCUGCAUCUGUGGAGAAGCUGAGGCAGGUGCGGGAGACAAUUGCCGCUGAAAGGGACCAGAGACUUGGUGCGAGUAAAGCUGCAUCCAGCCAACAAUGUGCCAGAGUUCCUCCAAGUCCUCCGCCAUCACUGCCCUCCGCUUCUUCUGCAGGCUCUGUGUCUUCUUCCUCUGCUGUUCCUACACCUGCACCAGCUGCUCUGCCAUUCACCUCGAGCAGAGUGACAUUUCUUAAGACUCUGCAGUCAAACUUUCAGCAUGUGUUGAUAUACGAGAGCCCUGAGUUGCAGCAGAAGGCUCUGAACUGCAUACCUCAUGAACUGCUCAGAUCCGGGGCUAAAGAACGCUUGAAACAAGCCAAGGAUGCAGAACCAGCAUGUAGUCUAGGUGAGGAAGACAUGUUGGUUCUAGAGCUGUUGCAGUGGUUCAAAGGGGACUUCUUUUCUUGGGUGAACAACCUGCCAUGUAGCCGAUGUGGAGGUGCAACCCAGCCUUCCGGAUCCCUCCCCCCCUCAAAUGAUGACCUACGCUGGGAUGCAGGCCGUGUAGAGAACCACUACUGUCACACCUGCCAACUCUCUACUAGAUUCCCAAGGUACAAUCACCCAGAGAAGCUUCUGGAGACCAGAAGAGGGCGUUGUGGGGAAUGGGCCAACUGUUUCACGCUGCUCUGCCGAGCUUUAGGCCUUGAGGGCAGAUACAUCUGGGACAGCACAGAUCACGUGUGGACGGAGGUGUAUUCUCAGUCGCAGCGUCGCUGGCUACACUGUGACCCUUGUGAAAACACAUGCGAUAAACCCCUCCUGUAUGAAGUCGGCUGGGGGAAGAAACUCUCCUACAUCCUGGCGUUCUCUAAGGACCAGGUUGUGGAUGUGACAUGGAGGUACUCCUGUAAACACCCAGAGGUCCUUUCCAGACGCACACAGAUUCAGGAGACAUGGCUGCUGCAUACGCUUAACGGUCUCAACGCUACAAGGCAGCAGUCUCUAGGAGCAGAGAGGAAGCAGCAGCUAUUGCAAAGACUGCUGGUGGAGCUGGUAGAGUUUAUUUCUCCAAAGACUCCUACAUCUGGAGAUCUGGGAGGUCGCAUCUCAGGAUCUCUGGCUUGGAGGGUGGCUCGAGGGGAGUCUGGGGCAAGUGAUGCUAAAGGGGAUGGACAGGAACAUGUCUUCAUUCCUUCAGAAUCUGAAAAGCAAAACAAGUUGUUCCACAUUUGCUAUAAUGUGGCCAAAAACUGUUACUUCAGACUGAGCAAUGGCCAAGAAACUAUCCCAGGGUGGCAGAGAGGUGCUUGGAGGACAGAAAAUAUGUUCAGGAAAGAAGAGAAUGACUGGCAGAUGGUGUAUUUGGCACGAACAGAGGGCUCUUCCUUCGGGAGGAUAAGCUGGAAAUUGAACUGCGCUCCAGUAGGGAUGAAGAUAAAGUCCGCUUCGGUCCGAGCCUUCAGCCAGAACUUCCAUUCAGGCAGCGUGCGUUGGAGUUUACGCUCUGCCGAGACCACCAUAGAGUUCCCUGGAGAUGGUGAACUGCACUCCUCUUCAAGUCUGUCCGGAGGCAAAGAGCUGAUUGUGGAGGCGGAGCUCACAGGAGGAGAGGGUGAAGUGUCAUGGCAACACGCUCAGCUCUUCAGACAGAGUUUAAAAGACAUGGAGAAAGUUUUAUUUGAAAUCUUGGUUGAAAUGGAAGAGUCUUGAUGAGAGAUUAGCAUGUAUACAACUCAUGCAAAUACACGUGAAAUACUAAUUAAAUGUUUCAUCAAAAGCAAGUUUUUACUUUCCUUUAAGAUACAACCCAGCAAUCAAGGGUUUUCUUUCAAAGCCCAGCAUCAAGUCUCAUCUGCAUGUCUUCAUACUGUAUGCAAUUUUCUCUUUUGUUUCCACUAGCCAGAAAUAUUUUACUGUAAAUUACUCAGGCUAGCAGGCCGGUUUUGAAAAUGUAACUAUUUUAUUGUAAUGUCAAAUAAAUGUGAUUUUAGAUGUAAACAAACUUGGAAAUGUAAAAUCUGCCAUUUUAUUCUUGAGUUUUAGGCAUCAUUUUAAAACUAACUUUACAUCAUACUUUUCUGUUCAUAAGUGUAAUGAUAUGACCUUUUAGCCAUACAUUAAAUUAUUGAAUUCUUCA